AUAUCGAAGACCCUAGUAACAUCACACAUCCAGCCCACGUUAGCAUACUGCAACCAGGCCAAACAAAAAAACCUACACGGGACUUAUACUGCACACCCCUAGCGCACAUUAGUCUCCCCUUCACCUAACCAACUCAUCUCUCUGUUUGCGCUUCUUCCACAUAAAACUCUUCUAUCAUACUCAUCCAACUCUUUCGUCUCUCUCCCCUUCUCUUUCUCUCUCUAUCUCUUUCUCUCUCUUUGAAAUUAGGGUUUCGUGCACAGACUCAGUCACUCACUCUCUCGCUUUGAAUGCGAUCUCUGUGCUUCAAUGCCUGCGAAUCUCUCCCAGAGAUUUUCCGUAGAGUGCCAGAUUGUUCAAUUCCUUGGGCGGUUGCGGCACAUCCCUGAGUUCGUGUAUUUAUUCCAGUUCAAAUAGCGUUCCCUAAUUCAAUUGGAGCGCCUCCGGUGGUGGUUCUUUGAUGGCGCCCAGCCGAAGGAAAGGAGCUAGCAAAGCCGCUCAGGCCGCCGCUGCUCGCCGCCAAUGGAAGGUCGGCGAUCUUGUACUUGCUAAGGUCAAAGGCUUCCCUGCUUGGCCUGCUACGGUAAGCGAGCCUGAGAAGUGGGGUUACUCUGCUGAUUGGAAGAAAGUACUUGUCUACUUCUUUGGAACCCAACAGAUAGCGUUCUGCAACCCUGCGGAUGUUGAGGCAUUUACUGAGGAGAAGAAACAGUCUCUUUUGGGCAAGCGUCAUGGAAAGGGUUCAGAUUUUGUUCGUGCAGUCCAGGAGAUCAUUGAUAGCUAUGACAAGCUGAAGAAAGAGGACCAAGUUGAUGAUUUCAACUCCACUGCAAAUGGAGGGAACUCAGUGGACUCUUCGUCCAACUUUGGUUCAAAGGAUCAGUCCGAAGCUCCUGAAGCUAUUCUUGAUUCACGCUCGAAAUCUUCACAUUCAACGAUUGAUAGAAAUGAGCCAAGUUUAUCUGUUGAGGAUGCUUCAGCGACUGCACAAAUUGAUGCAAUGGUUGAUAAGGAGGCCCUAAUUGAGGAACCUGCUGCCACAGAAAUGGUUACUGAAACACCUCUGCCAGUGACCUGCUCUUCAAGAAAAAGAUUAAGACAUUCGCGACCACAGAAAGAGGAAGCACCAGCUCGUAGAUCAAGAAGCUCAUCUAGGAUGGAAUCGCGUAGAUUACGGAACUUCACAAUGCCAUGUGAUGAUGAUGCCAAGGAUGCUAGGGACGUAUCUGGUAAUCUAGUUCGAGAUAGGUGUUUAAGAAGGAAUAAACGAAUACGGAAAUCACCUGAUAACUCUGAGUGUGAUGAUGUGAAUUCAGCUGCUUUUGUUUCAAAUGGUUUUAUUGAAGACAAUGGUUCUGAAGUAGUCACAGUUGAUUCUGACACAUUUAGUCUUGAUGAAGGUGGUGCUAUUGAUUCUGGUUGUAAAGGUGAACAUUCAGAGACUGUUGUCGAAUGCAUGGAUGGUGAUGCUCAGUUGAACAAAGGACUUGAUCUAGGAGGUAAGGUUGUUAUUAAGAAGAAAAGGAAGCCGAACAGAAAGCGAGUUACUAAUGAUGUAUCUGAGCCUAUUAGUAUGUUGGACAAGGAGACAGUUUUGGAGGUUGGUUUGCAAAGCAGUAGUCAGACUCUGCAGACUGAUUGUGGAAAGAUGAAUGGGACUUGUUCCAAGGAAAAUGGAACUUCUUCUAAGGAAGAUGGAGAUGAGCACUUGCCAUUGGUGAAACGAGCCAGGGUGCGAAUGGGCAAACCAUCUUCUGCUAAUGAGGAAGCUGAUAGCUUUGUGCACAAUGAAGAAAGUUUGAAGGAAGUUAUGGUCAAUUCAUCAGAGCCGAUCAGCACAUCCUCUAAUUGUGAUGAAAAUUUCCCUGCUGCUAGGGACUCAUAUGUGGUAAAUGGAGCUCUGGAUAAUAUAACACCUUCAAGAGGUUGCACUCGAAUUUUGGGAAAUAAGCCUCAGCUUUGGAACACCAAGAAAGACCAAUCAUUUGGUUCCUCUGCUGAUGGUGAAGCUGUUUUACCUCCAUCUAAGCGUCUUCAUCGCGCUCUAGAAGCCAUGUCAGCUAAUGCUGCUGAAGAUGAUGAUAGGUGCCAUUAUGAAUCUUCAAUCUUGAAGACGUCUACUAUUGGUUGCCAUAUUUCAUCCACGAGCAGAUGCCUCCCUAUCACUGUGGAAAGUGAUACAGGGAAUGGUUUGGGACUUCAGAGUGACGACUCUUUGGGCAAUAAAGCUUCAGGUGUUGAUGCUUCUAGAUUCUCUACCAGUUCAAACCCUGUAACCUUGGAGGAAAGUACUAAAUCAGUUGUGGAAGUGGAUGUUGAUCAAAGAACUGAGAGUCCUAACAUUCAAAUUCAUGAAUGUUCAAUUCAUGAAUUUCCAGAUUCUGGGGACCUUGCUGAUGAUAAAAAUCUUAGUGGUGGUUCUUCUGGUUGUCACACUAUUGGAACUGCAGUCCAGACUGAAAGUCCAGUGCAUUUAUUGCCUAAUAUGGAUAUAAGAGAGGCUGGUACUGGAGCUAAUCAAGCUUCAAUGGGUGAGUUGCCUCUGAAGGGCGGAGGUGAUGCUAAAAAUGAAUUGAGCAAUUGUGAUGCAGAAAAUCCUGAUAUUGAAUGUGAUAUGUCAGAGCCUGCUCUGAAGAGCACAGAUCCUGUAUCAGGCACCAUCCAUGGGAUGGUUGAAGUUUCACCUCGAAAUGAUGCAAGUCCGCGUCACUAUGGUGGAGAAGGUGCCAGUGUGAAUAUCGAGUCUUUGGAGCCCUGUUCUGAAGAUAACAGAGAGGUCAAUGACAUGUUUGAUGUUGUGAAAGAGGUUGAAAAUAGACAAACAGAGAAGGAUCCAAGUUCAGUUUCUUAUCCAAAUGAGUAUUUAGGUGAGAAAACCGUAUCUGGUAUCCGGUCAAGUCCAUCCGUAACAGAUGGAGGAGAUUCUCUUGCACAAGCAUCGCCUCCCAAUACCUCAGGUUGUCGCAUGUCUACUUCAGAUAGUAGUAAUAUUCUUCAGAACAAUGGCAGUUGUAGUCCUGAUGUUGAUUUACAAGACAAGAGAACUUCAUCUACUCCAGUUGAUGAGGAUGGAAAGUCUGAAUCAGUGGUUAGUCAAAGACCAAAAUCUGUGGGCAGGUAUGAAGAAGCACUUGCUGCUCUCACAUCAUUUGAGACAACGCUUGGAACAUUGACAAGGACCAAGGAGAGCAUUGGCCGAGCAACUCGUGUAGCCAUUGACUGUGGAAAGAUUGGUGUAGCUGCGAAGGCGUUGGAAAUUCUUGCCCGUCAUUUGGAAACUGAGUCAAGGUUACACAGACGGGUGGACUUAUUCUUCCUGGUGGAUUCAAUCACUCAGUACUCUCGAGGUUUGAAGGGUGAUGGUGGUGGUAUGUACCUUUCUGCAAUCCAAGCAGUCCUGCCACGGUUGUUGUCAGCUGCUGCUCCUCCUGGAAGUGCUGCACAUGAAAAUCGCAGGCAGUGUCUAAAGGUUUUGAGACUUUGGUUGGAAAGAAGGAUUUUUCCAGAGUCCAUAAUUCAUCGCCAUAUGCGAGAACUGAAUUCCCUUACUGGGCCUUCUUCUGCUGGUGCCUAUGGUAGGCGCUCCUCGAGAACAGAAAGGUCUUUGGAUGAUCCUCUUAGAGAAAUGGAGGGUAUGCUUGUUGACGAAUAUGGAAGCAAUUCAAGUUUUCAACUUCCGGGAUUUUGUAUGCCUCGCAUGCUCAAGGAUGAACAUGAUGGAAGUGAUUCUGAUGGGGAAAGUUUUGAAGCUGUCACUCCUGAGCAUAAUCCUCGUGGGCAUGAAGAAUAUGAAACCACACCUGCUACUGAAAGGCAUAGGCAUAUCUUGGAAGAUGUCGAUGGAGAGCUUGAAAUGGAGGAUGUCGCUCCUUCUUGUGAUGUUGACACAAGUUCAUCUUGUGGUGUUGCCAUAGCUAAUACUGUGCAGGCUUCACAUAAUCAGUUUGAACAGAACUGCCCAUUGCCCCUUGCCCCUCCAUUACCUCAAGAUGUGCCACCAUCAUCUCCUCCACUACCAUCUUCUCCUCCGCCUCCGCCACCACCACCACCUCUGCCUCCACCUGUUGUCAUCCACCCUCCAUGUUCUAACUUGGAUGUGCAUUUGCAGAACGUGCAUGAAAAUAGAGUUCAACCUCCACCUCAGCAGUUGAAUGCACCAAGAAUCAACCAAACAAUUUCUGAUGCCGUGCACUAUCGUGCCCCUGAAUGUAGAGAUCUUCAAAGGCAGAUGCCUGAUUCUACUUCUUGCUCUUAUAGUAGUUUUCCUACAUAUUCAGGGAGAAAUGUUCCACAAACGGAUGGUGCUACCUUUCAUAAUAAAGGUUACCCUUUACGACCACCUCAUGCCCCACCAUCAAAUCAGUUCUCUUAUGUUCAAGGAGAUCAGCAGGUAAAGCCUCGACGGGAGGCGCCGCCUCCUUAUCACAACAGAUUUGACUUUGGGCCGAAUGGGGACAGAGAAAACUAUUACAAUAACCAUGAAAGAAUGAAACCACCUUAUGAGCCCCGUGAGAGCUGGGGGUUUCCUUCACAUUCUUUUUCUGGUCGAUAUCCUGACAAAGGCAAGACGUCUUAUGGAACUGCCCCCUUUCGUGGCCCCCCAUGUGAACCAACAAGGUUACCCAGCCAAGGGUGGAGAUAUCCUCCCCGAUCAAUGAACCACAGAGACUCUAUGCCCUUUAGACCACCCUUUGAAGGUCCGAUACCCGUCAACGGCAGAGAUUAUGGUGGUUCAGGUCCAAGCUUCUGGCGGCCACGAUGAGCAAACAUAGCAAAUAGUCAGGGACUGUUGAUAAUUGGUAGGUAUGAUCCAUUUUUGAUCUUGCUUUCUGCUGCUUAUUCAAGAGGGCCAGUCAUUUCGCCAAAGCCAUUGUUCUUCAUGUUGUGAGGCGCAGGCCUUUUAGAGGAGAGAGAGAGGCCAAGGCACAAAGACAGGCCAUUGGAGUAUGCUUCGGAUUUGUACAUAUGUAAUUGUAUCCUUCCUCCUCCUGCAAAAGCAGAAGAGCAGGGAGACGGUGAUUGUAGAGAUGAUUGAGAGCUGGUGACUAACUCUAGGUUGGCAAUGGCGUGUAUAAUUUAUUUCUCUCUUUUUUUAUUUUGCCAAUUUUUAUGUCAAAAUUUUAGAAUGAUUUAUUUCUUGGAAGCCCUUACAUAGGAAUUUUAUGACAUGCAUGGGGCAUUUGAUGGAACAUAUACUCAUUGCUUUGGUGCAAUCUUUAUCUGUAUAUUUCUCUUCUUAGCUGUCUUGUCCAUUCGUG